GCCUUAGUAGCUGCAGAGGCUCAUGUGACUGUACUGGUGUGUGAGGGCAUGCCCUACACUUAUAAAAUGCUGCCAGGGUCCCUACCCUUACCGCACUUCCCUCACAUGACUGACAAAGCCAGGACAUGUGAAUGCAUUCAACUCAAAAGACUACACAAUGAGCAGCUUGCUUUUUAUUUGAAAAUGAGAACAAAGCUGCCGAAAGUGUGAUCACCCUGCUUUGUCACCUGGAUGAGAACAGACAGCUCAGAACAACAAUGAAUAUUGGGAUAAAAUCCAAACCAAUGGCUUUCAGCCACCGACAAUGGAGAAGUGCUGUAUUUUCUUACGCACCUUUAAUCCUCUUAGUCUGCACUAAGUCUCUGGCUACACUCUUCGGGAAGCCUGAGCUUGUAUGCAUUCUUGAUGGCUAAGUCCUUGUUAAAGGUUAGCACAAAUUGGCCUCUCCAUCACUGUCCUGCAAGGUCUAGCAAUGGAGGAGUUACUGAUUCCCUCAGACGGCGAAGAAUCAAAUUCAAACCACACUUCUUUUUCUCCCAGAGAUUCUGGGAUAAGCUUGCUGGAAUGGGUGAAAAAUUUCCUGAAUGGUACCUCAUCUGUAAGCUUCAGGCAGUGGCUAAAAGAGUACUGCAAGCGCAACGGCUUGUUGGCGCUCUCUGUCCUUGCAGUGAUGACUGGCUGUGUGCUGGGCUUCAUGUUAAGGAACCAGAAUCUCUCUACUCAGGCCAAACUCUAUUUCUCCUUCCCUGGUGAACUCCUCAUGAGGAUAUUAAAAAUGCUUAUCCUUCCUCUCAUUACAUCAAGUUUAAUGUCAGGACUGUCGUCUAUGGACUCCAAGGCCUGCGGGCGCAUGGGUCUGCUCACAGUCACAUACUACCUGUGGACCACGUUCAUCGCCGUCGUCGUGGGGAUCGUUCUGGUUCUCAUCAUCCACCCGGGCACUGGCACAGAGAUGGAGGGCCACAGAUUAGGCGGAGGACCAGUCAUGACCUCUGCUGAUGCUCUGCUUGAUCUCAUCAGGAACAUGGUCCCAGCUAAUCUGGUCGAAGCAACAUUUGAGCAGUAUAGCACAGAUUUAGUGCCCAUGGUCAAAGCAACUGCCAAGACUAUAGAAUCCAACUAUGUGUACAUCAUGCCGGAUGAGAACAACCCAAAAGGUGGUCGACCUGUGUUCCUGGAACUGACCCCAGCACCACAGGUACUGUACAAGAGCGUCCCAGGCAGCAGCAAGCAGAUGAACGUGCUGGGCAUCGUCAUCUUUUCCGCCACCAUGGGUCUACUGCUGGGGAAGAUGGGUGAGAGAGGGGCCCCACUGAUCAACGUGUGCCAGUGCAUCAAUGAGUGCGUGAUGAAAAUUAUCAAUGCUGCAGUAUGGUAUUUUCCCUUUGGCAUCAUAUUCCUUGUGGCGGGGAAGAUCCUGGACAUGCAGGACCCUUCCAGCAUCGGGAAGAAACUGGGGAUGUACACAUUGACGGUCCUGGCGGGGCUUUUUGUCCACGGCCUCAUCCUGCUCCCAUUGUUCUACUUCCUCUUGACACGAAAGAACCCCUUCACCUUCAUCCGAGGUCUGCUACAGGCGCUCGUCAUUGCCCUGGCUACCUCAUCAAGCUCUGCCACCCUGCCAAUCACCAUGAAGUGCCUGCUGGAGAACUGCCACGUGGACCGCCAGAUCGCCCGCUUUGUGCUGCCUGUGGGCGCGACCAUCAACAUGGACGGCACGGCGCUGUACGAGGCUGUGGCCGCCAUCUUCAUUGCCCAGGUCAAUGACUACGAGCUGGACUUCGGGCAGCUGGUCACCAUCAGUAUAACAGCAACAGCUGCCAGCAUUGGGGCAGCUGGGAUCCCACAGGCUGGCCUUGUAACCAUGGUGAUUGUGCUGACAUCAGUGGGCUUGCCACCAGAUGACAUCACACUCAUUGUGGCAAUCGACUGGGUGCUGGAUCGUUUCCGGACCAUGAUAAACGUACUGGGGGAUGCCUUGGCUGCUGGGAUCAUUGCGCACUUGUGUCGAAAAGAUUUUCCUACAACUGACGAAACGCCAAAAAUGUCCCGUGGCAUGCAGAAUGUGCAAAACAUACCCAUGACAGAGGUCCCACUUUUGGCCAGCAAGGACUGCAUUUUUGAAGUGAUCGGGGACACAGUGAUUGAGAGACCUACAGUCUACUAUAACAUCUGCCAAGUAUGACCCAGGGGAGAGGCCUGGUCAAGCUGAACUGGAAUGCUGAAUGACUCUAUGGCAUUCUUCUCUGAUUGUGCCAAGACAAAGUACGCCGUGUCCUGCUCCUAUACACAGUCGUUCUGUGACUGUACGUUUAUCUCCACUUUGAAAGUGGCUCAGGAAAAUGCGUUGGGUGAUCUUAAGUUAUUUUUUGGAAGCAAAACGCACAACUGGUGGUUCUAGAAGCAGCUAUGCAGCCCUGGUCAUAGUAAAGCUUAGUGAUUGACUGAGCGAAAGAGCAGCUCCCCCAAAGUAACAGCAGUACCUUUAUGUUAUCACUAGGUGGCAAAAAGGCCGGAUAAGGUGAUGCGUUAAGCAGUGCUGCCCAACCCUGUUCCUGAAGAUCAGCCCAACCCUAACAAAGCGCACCUCGUUCAACAGCUAGAGAUCUUAUUGAGCUGCUAUUUAGUAGAACCCGGUGUGCCAAAUUAGGGUUGAAAUGGAAAACUACAGGACGGUAGAUCUGCAGGAAUAGGGUCGGGCAGCCCUGCACUACACUAAUGACUAUACCUGUACAGAGCUGUCUUUUUUACGCUUCAACAUACAUUCUUUGCACUACAGCUCUAAUGUGUUUGGUGUAUAAUUCUGCACAUGCUCCCUUAUCAUUGGAGAAAAGCAGGCUCUGUCUUGCAAUGUUGAAUGGCAUUUUCCUUAUUCUGGGAUGAAUUAAUCAUAUGUUAAUAAGGGACUAAUAAAUACAUGCUGGCAUGCAUUUAAAAGUUCUGUCGGCUUUAAAAACAACAUCUCGUUUGCCUUAAAUAUUAAUGCAGAGAAUUUAUCAAACAUACUCAAUGUACUUAAGAAAUUCUCUCCACUGUGAAGGAGCAGUUUCCGGAAAAUGCUAAUGUGAUGCCUGAUGUAUCCUGAUAAUUUGAUUGAAUUACACUACAAAUAAGCUCAUGAAAAACUGUUCUUUUUUACUUUUGGAAUACAAUUAUUUGUUUUAUUUUUUUGUAAAUCUUGUUUUUUAUUUUCUAAUAAAAAUCUAAUUCUGAAACAGCAAAUAA